AAUACGUUAAUAAUAGGUAUUACGAGAAUUAGUUUCGGCCUAAGUAAAAAAAUCGUCGCCCUAGGUAUAAUAAAAAUAAAGACGCACUUCGGAACGAUAACUUUUUAUAUUUUACCCGUUAAUACCCUAUUUCUUUUAUAUUUAAAAAAUAUAGAUCGACUAGGUAUUAUAUUUAAUAAUAUAAAAAAUAAAAUCUUUAGUAAUAAGUAUUUCGAAAUAGUUAAACGAUAA